AUGAACAAGAUUGCAGCUGCCAGAGUACUUUACCAUUCAGAAGCCACGUUUAUUGUAGAACAAACGAUAUCUCAGAUUAAAACAGUAUACGCAUUUGUUGGAGAGAGAUGUUCGAUCAAGUCAUUCUCAGAGUGCAUGGAGAAACAGUUUUUAUUGAGCAAAGGAGAAGCAUUGAUAAAGGGCGUUGGAACAGGAAUGUUUCAAACCGUUAGCUUCUGUUCUUGGGCUCUUAUCAUAUGGGUUGGAGCCAUUUUAGUUACUGCCAAUAGGGCAAAGGGAGGGGAUAUUAUAGCUGCAGUGAUGAGCAUUCUCUUCGGGGCUAUAUCAAUGACAUAUGCUGCUCCAGAUAUGCAAAUCUUCAAUCAGGCAAAGGCUGCGGGAAAUGAAGUUUUCCAAGUGAUUCACAGAAAGCCAAUCAUAAGUUUCAAUUCACAAGGGAAGAUGCUUGAAAGGGUUGAUGGCAACAUUGACAUAUGUGACGUAUACUUUGCGUACCCUUCUCGUUGGGAGAAAUUGAUCCUUCAAGGUUUUUCAUUGUCAAUUCCAGCAGGAAAAACAGUUGCUUUAGUGGGUAGCAGUGGGUGCGGAAAGAGUACAAUCAUCUCUCUAGUUUCAAGAUUCUAUGAUCCUUCAAAAGGGGAGAUAUUCAUUGAUAAGCACAACAUAAAGGAUCUCGAUUUGAAGUUCCUCCGGAGAAACGUUGGAGUAGUCUCCCAAGAACCAUCACUUUUUGCUGGCACCAUCAAGGAUAAUAUGAAAGUGGGAAACAUUCAUGCAGAUGAUCAGCAGAUUCAAAAUGCAGUGACGAUGGCAAAUGCGCACUCUUUUAUUUCGCAACUUCCAAAUAAGUACCUAACAGAGGUAGGACAAAGGGGAGUCCAGUUAUCAGGAGGACAAAAACAGAGAAUUGCAAUAGCAAGAGCCAUUCUAAAAGAUCCUCCGAUUAUUUUUCUUGAUGAAGCCACAAGUGCACUUGAUUCAGAUUGUGGAGAAUGGACAAGUUACAGAUACAGGAACACACCACGACUUGCUAGAUACAAUAAAUUUUAUAACAACUUAUAUAAUACGCAGAACCUCAACCCAGUUCACGACUCAAGUGUCAGCAACACCAUUGAAGAAGCUGCAAAUAUCCAGCAUCAGAUUUCAUCUCAAUACAUUGGACAAAAGAAGGAACAUAGUGUGCCUAGCAAAUAUCUUGGUGACUCUCUAGAGCAAGAGGACCAGAGAGGAAGAACAAGUACAAGUCUGUUCUUCAGAAUCUGGUUUGGCUUGAAGAAAAUAGAGCUUGCAAAGAUUGUUAUUGGCUCCUUCGCUGCAGCUUUCUCUGGCAUCUCAAAGCCUGUUUUCGGAUUUUGUAUCAUAGCAAUUGGAGUAGCAUACUACGAGAAAGAUGCAAAGAGGGAAGUUGGAUGGUAUUCGAUUUUCUUUUCUUUGGUGGGAUUGCUUUCAUUGUUUAGUCACACCUUACAACAUUAUUUCUUUGGCAUGGUUGGAGAAAAGGCCAAAAGAAACCUCACCCAAGCGCUAUAUUCAGGUACACUAUUCCCCUCAUAAUUUAGAUCACUACUUUAGGUUCAUUUUGGUAAAUUAACUCCAUUAGCUUUAAGCAGAUAGUUUCAUCAAGAAUGAGCUCCCAUUACAGGGAAAAUUGACAUACAUAUGAUGAAAUUAUUCAGGCAUUCUACGCAAUGAAAUAGCUUGGUU